AUGGGAGUUGAAGAGAAACCCGAAACACAGGUUGAGGGUGAGCAGAUACUCGUAGAGGUUGACUCAUCAGAUGGGGGUAUAAAUACCCCCAGUAGCGAGGAAAGCCAUGGAGACGAUUCAACUUCUACAGAACCAACAAUAGACAAUUGCGAACAGAAUAGCAGUACUUUGAAUAGCAGUACUUCAACUACAACAAUGCCUCUGGAAACAGAAGAAAUCGUUUCAAAGGAUGCCGUACAAAUUGCCGCUACUUUGGAAAUCAACGAUGGAGAGAAUCCAGCAUCCAACACUUCAGCAGCUCUUGAGGACGACCGAGUCACAACAACAGUCUCGAAUGUGGUAUCUGAGCAGGAUAUUCCGCAGACUGACAACGACGAGAAUGAAACCAAGAUCAAUCCCAAGGACUCAAAAGCGCUUCGCAUCAACAGUGAUGGUGAACCGGACGGGAAAGCUGAAGGAGUCGACAAUGUGGUAGACAGUGAGCAAGAGGAAAAAGGCCAAGCUCAACCAUCUGAAAAGGUGGACGAAGCAGAUACAACAAAUCUCGAUAGCCAAAAGGCUAAAAGUGACGAAGAAGUCCAAAGCGACAAAGAAACGAAAGGUGAUGAUGACACGAAAGGUGAUGAAGACAACAAAAGUUCCCGUGACGCCACAAGUGAGGAAGACGUCAAACCUGCAGAAGAGGAAAACAAAUCAAUUGAUGAUGAGUCAAAGGCUUGUGAGGAGUCCGAGGAUAAGGAAGAUCAACAAGAUAAACCCUCUGAUGAGACCGCCGAGGAACAAGAAGACAAAGCUUCGGAUGCUGGUACGGAGAAGGAAUCAGAUGAAACUGUAGAGGAAAACAAAGACGAUGCUUCAGACGCUGGCACCGAGAAGACCUCGGAAGAAGAGCACAACGAUGCAGCAUCUGAAAAAUCCGAUGAAUCCGUACCAGACCCACCACCGCCGACGCCUGAUGACAUUUUGAAGGAAAUUGAUGCAAUGGUUGGUCUCGUGAACUUUAAAGCACAUUGCCAUAGCUUGAAAGCGAUGGUAGAGACAGCUAAUCGUCAGGAAAUUGAUCUCAAGAAACACAACUUCAACACAGCCUUUUACGGAAAUCCAGGAACAGGUCAGAGCUCAUUCUUCUAUGAUAUCCCCAUUGCUAUUAGGAGAAAAACAACCGCUUCUCGAUUAUAUGCUAAACUUCUCACGGCACUAAAGGUGGUUCGUGAUAGCGUUAGAUCUAUGAGAGCCAUGGAGGUUGUCCGUGUCGAAGGUAUUACUGGUACUUCCAGUCUUCUCAAAAGACUAGAGGAAAAUGGUGGAGGUGUUGUCUUCAUUGACGAUGCUGACCAGAUGGCCGAACGUGAGAAUCAUGUUCAAAACUUACUUGGCGAAAUUGAGAAUUAUCAAGGCAAAAUUGUUUUUCUCUUCGCUGGGUACAACGAUGAGAUGGAAAAACUUCUUGGAUUCAAUCCAAGUGCCCGAGACCGAAUCCCAAAUGCCAUAAAGUUCAAGGAUUAUGAGAAUGACGAAUUGCUCAAAAUGUUUGGAGACCUGGUUCGAUCACGUUUUGGGGAUAAGAUGGUGAUUGAAGGGAUGCAUGAUGGACUCUAUACAAACAUUCUGAUUAAUAGGUUGGCGGGUAGCAGAGGUACUGAUGGCUUUGGCAAUGGCAGCGCUGUUAAGUCGGCUCUUGCUAAAGUUCUUGAGCGUCAAGCCGAUCGAAUUCGAGAGGCAAGGCUCAAUAACGAAGAGCCAGAUGACUUUUUCUUGACUAAAGAGGAUUUGAUCGGCCCACCUCCAAAAGACGCUCUCGCUACCAGCAAAGCUUGGGCAGAACUCUGUGAGAUGGUUGGAAUUGAAGAAAUUAUCUCGGCCAUAAGAUCACUCGCAUAUCAAGCAGGGUUGAACUAUCAACGAGAACUCCAAAAACAGCCGCCAAUGCAAGUCAGCCUCAACCGUCUCUUCCUAGGCCCUCCUGGAACUGGAAAAACCACUGUUGGAAAGCUUUACGCUCAAGUUCUUGCCGACCUUGGAUUACUUUCUAGCUCAGAGAUAAUGGUCCGCAACCCAAGUGAUUUGAUUGGCAAGUGGAUUGGUUGGUCUGAAGAUGCUACCAAGUCCGUACUCAACGCCGCCAAGGGUAAAGUUCUUAUUAUCGAUGAAGCACAUAUGCUUUAUCCAGGAGGCAAGCAAUGUAACAAAACCGACAUAUUCCGCAUCGCAGUCAUCGACACUUUAGUCUCGCAAAUCCAAAACACACCAGGGGAAGAUAGAUGUGUUAUUCUCAUGGGCUACACCGAACAAAUGCUUACCAUGUUCGCAAACUCCAAUCCAGGACUCGCACGUCGCUUUCCAAUGGAAGAUGCUUUCAACUUCUACAACUUCAGCGUCCCCCAACUAGGCGCCAUCCUCGACCAAAAAGUCCACAAACAAGACCUCAUCAUGACGCCCACCGCCCGCGAAAUCGCCAUCCACAUGCUCACCCUUUCCCGCGACCGACCCAACUUCGGCAACGGCGGCGAAGUCGAAAACCUCCUCACCCGCGCCAAACUCUCAUCCCAAAAACGCACCGUCACAUCCUUCACAUCCACCUACACAACCACAACCCUCGAACCCCAAGACUUCGACAAAAACUACCACCGCAUCCUCACCCGCGGCGCCUCCCCCGCGCACCUCUUCGCCAACACCAUAGGCCAAGAAGCAAUCGCCGCGCAAUUCGAGUCCUACGCGCAGAUCGUCUCGGGCAUGCGUCUCCAUAACAUCGAUCCACGUCCGCACAUCCCAUUCACAUAUAUCUUCUCCGGGCCGCCAGGCACAGGGAAAACUACCACCGCGCGCAAAAUCGGGCAGAUCUUCUACGACAUGGGAUUCCUAGCCGCGCCCGACGUGCUGGAAUGUUCCGUCUCCGACCUCGUCGCCGAGUAUCAGGGUCAGACGGGGCCGAAGGUUAUCGAUCUCCUGGAGUCCGCGCUAGGUAAGGUUUUGUUCGUGGAUGAAGCAUACAGACUCGCUGCCCGCGGUGCUUUUACCGAGGAAGCGGUCAGCGAACUCGUGGAUUGCGUUACGAAACCUAGGUACGCCGGGAAGAUCGUUAUUAUCCUCGCGGGCUACGCGGAGGAUAUGCGUGCGCUAUUACGCGUUAAUAGAGGGUUAGCGAGUCGCUUCGCGACGGAGAUUAGUUUUGAGGUUAUGCCGCCGGGUCAGUGUUUGAGCUUGUUACGGCAGAGGGUUGGGGAGCUGGGAGUGAGGAUUGGGGAGAUGGAUGGGAGGGAGAAGGGGGUUGUGAGGGGGUUGUUUAGGGAGUUGGCGGGGACGCCGAGUUGGGCUAAUGGGAGGGAUAUUGAGACGUUGGGGAAGAUUGUGGUUGGGUUUGCGUUUAAGAGGGAGGCUGAGAGGGGAGCGGCUGGGGAUUUGGUGGUCGGGUGGGAGGAGUUGGUGGGGAUUAUGCGGGAGAUGCUUAGGGAGAGGGAGAGGAGGGGGUGA